AUGAAUGUGGGGUCUACUGAUCCAGAAAUAGAUUCUGCACUAACUACAGCGAAAGUUUCAGGACCUAUCAUCACCAACCAAAUAAUAACAACAGUGAAAUCCGACGUAUCAAAUGAUGCAGUUUCAGGACCAUCUAUCACAAACCAAAUAACAACAAUAAAAGCUGACGUAUCCACUGCUGCAGCAGUGUCGUGUCUAUUCCAGUCAUGCCAAAAUGAUGGCGACUGUGUCAACGAUAAAUGUCAAUGUAAACCGAACUAUGCUGGAGAUCAUUGUCAGAAGGCGUAUUCAUUAAGUGGAUGUUACUGGAUUCUUUACACCGUUGAAACGAACCUCACCCUUGUUACUCCACUGGCUUGUGUGGAAGCAUGCAUCGCAAUAGCUUUUGAUUACGCUGGACUUGUGGGUGGUUAUAUGUGUAAGUGUGGAACCACUAUAUCUGGCGGAAUUCAGGCAUCUACAUGUAACGUCGACUGUAAUGGAGAUAGUGCUUAUAAAUGUGGAGGAGCAAUGGAAAUGUCUAUAUACCAUAUAGUAUGAACACAUAUAAAUGAAUACAAAGAUUUAGCUAUCCACACUAAUUAGAAUACGUACAUGUACUUGUAAUAUUGAUUAUUGUUUUGAUUUAAAAUUUUAUCGAAGUUAUAUAUGGACUACUUGGUAUAUUACUAGUAUGUCGUUUUUAUUAAAUGUGAAUGACGUCAGUAGUAUAUCUGUGUCAAUGAUAAUUCAAUUACACAUUUUUAGUUAUCGUGCUUUGGACGAUAGAAGACUGAAUACUGAAGAUCCCUGCUGACUUAUCGGAAUUACACUGCAUUUUUUUUAUUAAAUUCUAUUUUCAUUACGAAAUGAAUUCAUCAUAGAUUCCAGAUUUAAAACACUGUGUACGCUAGACGCACGUUUCGUCUACAAAAGACUCUCCAGUGACGCUCGAAUAAAAAAAGUUAAAAAGUCCAAAUAAAGUACGAAGUUGGAAAGCAUUGAGGACCAAAAAUUCCGAAAGGUUUGCCAAAUACAGCUAAGGUAAUCUAUUACUGGGGUAGAAAAUCCUUAGUAUUUCGAAUAAUUCAAAGUUUUGUAAACAGUUAAUUUUUAAUAAUUACCAUAUCAAUGAUUAUUCAUGUCACAUAAAUACCAACCAGCAGUAGCAUUGACCCAGUGGUUAUAAAUAAACUCAUCAUAGAUACCAGUUUUAAAACAUUUGGACGCUAGACGCACGUUUCGUCUACAAAAGACUCAUCAGUGACUCUCGAAGUUAUGUUUACUCUUUUUAUAUCACAACUCAUCAUUGAGUAUUUCAGUAAUGAAU